CAGUCCGCACAUACAGUGCUGUCAGCUGUGUGUGCAGGGAGACAGAUGAGGGGCCUCAGUGGAGCCGCACUUGUUUGAGGAAAUAUCGGGUAUCUGAAGGAAAAGGGAGGAGGAGGAGGAGGAGGAGGUGGAGGUGGAGGGGGAGUCAGCUGAGGAGAAAGUUCACCGCAUGACAGUCAAAAAAAAAAAAAAAAAAAAAAAAAAAACCCGCAUGUAAGCGCAACCAUGGCGAGCAGAGGGAGAGUUUGUUCAGCCGGACAGAGCCAGCUCCAGAACUCCUCAGACUCGGACUCGGAGAUGGAGCCGGUUCGGGUGGCUUGUGGUAUCGGACCGUACCCGGGUGCCUUCCCCUGCACACAGGUCAUUCACAGCGGACACUUCAUGGUGUCGUCACCCCACAGCGACUCCGCGCCGCGCAGGAGGAAGAGCGGCGGAUCUCUGAGAUAUGACUUUGACACGGUGAACAGGACCUGGUGCCAAACGUACCCAUUCAGCUCCGGGACCCUGAGCAUCGACCCCACUCUGACCCGCCUGUUUGACUGCAUGUCCCUGGCUUACAGUGGUAAGAUAGUCUCUCCAAAGUGGAAGUCUUUUAAGGGUCUGCGGUUGCUGUGGAGAGAUAAAAUCCGUCUGAACAAUGCGAUCUGGAGAGCUUGGUUCAUCCAAUAUGUGGAGAAGAGGAAGAACACAGUUUGUGGGUUUGUCACGCCGCUGGAGGGCUCGGAGGCCGAUUCACAUCGGAAGCCUGAAGCGAUCGUAUUAGAGGGCAGCUACUGGAAGCGGAGGAUUGAGGUGGUGAUCAAGGAGUAUCACAAAUGGAGGAUUUACUAUAAGAAGAGGCUUCAGAAGAAGAAGGAUGAUAUUCUAUCAAUGCUACAAGAGGGUCAGAUCUGCCAGGCCAAGCUGGAGAAAUGGUCCAAUCAGAUGUACCAGGAGCCUGAGGCUGCGCCGGUCGAGGCCCACAUGUUUGACCUGGACUGCCUUCUGUCUGACAUCUCCGACACCCUGUUCACCAUGACACAAAAGCCGAGUCCCUGGGCCAGCGACCGACACAACACGUACACGAGCAAUGCUGAUAUAAUCCAACCGGGUCUGACCCCGCUGCAGCCCAAUCUGGACGAUUUCAUGGAUAUACCAGAUAUCUUUAUGAACUACCGGGGCCAGCCCACUGAGCAGACUGGUUUUGCUGACUGUGGCUAUUUCGAGAACCCAUCCAAUACAGAGUUUGCUCCUGUUCCCUCCCCCGUGGUAACAGCUCCUCAGCUACUAAUCGACACCCAGCUGGCUCAGCCCAAUCUGUCAUCGCACAGUUUGCCUCAGCCCUCCUCAUCCAAUACCCAGCCAGACCAGACCAGGCAGGACCAGGGAUGUGCUGAAUACCACACGUCUAGCAUCAUAUCAGGUGCCAUACCAUAUGGACAUCAGUCAUACCCUUAUCCGCCUGUUUCUAUAGCAUAUACCACCAGCAUCGAGCAGCCGGCGUCUUCAAGUACUCCGUUUUUGUACCCGCCUUCAUGUCAUAAGUCUGGUUACCACACAACAACCAGCGUGACCCCCACUGUCAUCACUCACACCGCCUCCACCAUGGGUGCCCAGAGCUCUGUACACCAGUCCCACAGCUACCCUCACACCGGCGACACAUACCCCCAGACUCCCUGCCACUCUCUCAGUUACCCGACCGCCGUGUCUGACCCGGUCCGCGCGGCUUUGCCCUCUGUCACUGUGGCCCACUGCUUCUCAGUCCCGGAGCAGGUGGCUGUUACAGGGGUCAGAGGGAAGCACAAGCAAAAGACAGGAGGAGUGAGGACAGCUGGUCCCCCCGUGGUUCAGCCUGGCCCCUUGUCCACAGCACCCACACCCACUAGCUGCCUGGCUAAGCUGCUCUCCUCAGGCGGCCGUGAACGGAAGCCGUCGUUAGGAUUUGAUACUACUCUGGUGACAGCCAAAGGUCAGAGGUCAACAUCUCCCAGCUCCUCGCAGUCAAGCAGCAGCACUCAUGUCGGAGGAGCUUCAUCGCAACUGCAGCAUGGAGCCGGUUGGCCUGCAGGGAUCCCAGUGGUGAUACCUCUGCACAGCCAGAGUGCCACCCUGGGUCACAGUGGACCCCACGCCAGCACCUCCAGAGGCUCGGCGGUGUCCGCCCUGCUCAGCCACGACUCCACGCCCACCGGCACUACCCUCCUCAUCCCCAAGACUGAGAAACUGUCUCCCGUUCAGCUCUACAGCACGGACAGGAGCAGCCUAACAGUUAAUUUUUCAGGACAUCCAGGCCAAACGUCACCACCAAACCCUUUAGAUAAAGCCUCCAACCCAGAGUCGUCACACUCAGGCUUCUCAAGACACGGAAAGAUAGAAUCAAGUAAGCACACAGAGACCAGGAGGAUAACUCACAUCUCUGCAGAGCAGAAGAGGCGUUUCAACAUCAAACUGGGUUUUGACACUUUACAUAAUCUUGUGACAACACUCAGCUCUCAGCCAAGCAUAAAGAUCAGCAAAGCCACCACGCUGCAGAAGACGGCUGAGUACAUCAGUAAGAUGCAGCAGGAGAGAGCUCAGCUGCACGAGGAGGCUCAGAGACUCAGAGAGGAGAUCCAGCUCCUGAACUCUGCCAUCAAUGCGUGCCAGCAGCAGCUACCAGCCACCGGCGUGCCCAUCACACGGCAGCGCUUUGACCACAUGAGGCAGAAAUUCAGAGAGUACGUCCGGGCACAGACGCUGCAGAACUGGAAGUUCUGGAUCUUCAGUAUAAUCAUCGAGCCGCUGUUUGAGUCCUAUAAUGGGAUGGUGUCCACUGCCAGCGUGGAGGACUUGUGUCGAUCCACUCUGUCCUGGCUGGAUCAACACUGUUCCCUGCCUGCCCUCAGACCCAUGGUUUUGAGUUCACUCCGUCUCCUGAGUACAACCACGGCCAUCCUGUCAGACCCCAGCCUACUGCCGGAGCAGGCCACCCUCGCUGUCACCCAGGGCGACGUUGCUGCUACCCUGGACCACUCCUUACAGCCCGCCACCCGGGACAACAUACACCCCAUGUGACCAUGAAGAGCAGUCAGUGAAAACCUGAACAUGAAUAGACCACAAUGCACAGGAGACCAAAAGUCAGAGGAGAACAUCUGGGAAUGGUUUAAAACACAUCUGCUCCGAGACUUUGAAUAAUUCAUAAUCACAUUUAAAUAAAACUCACCAGGCGCGAAAAGAAUGUAUUCCAGUACACCCAAAAUCUAUAGGAACUAUAUUGUAUGUGAUCUAUGUUUAAGUUCUGACAAAGGAAUAACAAACUUCUAAUUAUUUCUCUGCCUCAUUCAAAUAAUUUUUUUCAGUAAAGCCAAAGUUCGGAUGAUUCAAA